AUGUCAGCCAAGAUAGCAAAGACCAUUGCGAGGCAAAAGGAAAAGAUUGCCGAAGGAAGUUUCUAUGAAGCGCACCAGCAACUCCGUGUCAUCACUGCUCGUUAUCUCAAAGCCUCCGACUACAACUCCGCCUGCGACGUCCUGUACAAUGGCGCCCUCCUUCUCCUCCGCGCGGAUCAGGGUGGCUCAGGCGGCGAUCUGGCACUCAUGUUGCUGAACGAUGUCUACGUUAAAGGCGAAUACGCGUGUGACGAUGAAAAUAGAAAAAGACUGUUGGAGAUCUUCCAUGCAUUCCCCAAGGAGGAACCCACGCGGAAGAGGUUUGUGAGCGAGAUGGUGAAUUGGAGCGGAAAGUUUGGGGACUUGGAGAGGGGAGAUCCGGAGAUCCAUCAUCAAGUGGGCAAGGUGCUGGCGGAAGAGGGUGAAGCAUACGACGCUGAACGGCAUCUUGUCAUUGGUACACCAGCCUCACCCCCUGUCCUUGCCAGCUUACACUACAUCUGGUACAAGCUGGACCAACCGCACCUUGCACCCAUCUACGCCUCCCGCUCCGUCCUCCCCUACUUGUUGGUCGGCAACCUCUCCAGUGCAAAUCUUGCUCUGUCAGCGUUCACGUCGCACCUGACAACGCAGAACCCCAACUUACUGUCAAUGUCUCAACCCCUGGAAUCAGCCAAAUCUGGGCUCUCACUGCGGAUAUUUCCUUCAAUCCCUCUUCUAAAUUUCCUUUCGCUUCUAUUACUCUCCUGCCAGAAAGCCGACGCAAGUUUAUUCCGCCAACUCGCGAAAUUCUACGCCACGCACCUGAAGGAGGUUGAGGGGCUGUGGGGCGAAGCUUUGGCAAAUAUCGGAGAGAUCUGGUUUGGAAUCAAAAUUCCCCGGCAGACCGCUGGGAAUCCUUUAUUCGAUAUGAUGGGGAGUAUGCUUUUUGGUGGACAGCAGCCAGGGGGAAGAGCAGCAACACCGAGGUCGGGCACGCCGAAGCCUGCAGGAGGUGGCAGUGCGGCAGCCAGGAAGGAGAUCGAGAAGCCGCCGACGAUGGAUCUGGAUUGA